UCUGCUUGUGGUGUGGUGAGGAUUCGUGGUGAGUGUUCGUCCAUGAUCUAAGGAAAAGAAGAGGUAGAAUACCCGUAUUGACUUUUUGAGACCGGUUAAAAAUAGGUGUUGGAAACUUACAUUUUCCCUAAGCUUUUGGCUAGGCCUAGUCUCAUUUUUUAUUUACGUGAAUAUGGCACAAAAGAGUUUCAGUUUUGAUUACGAAAGUGGUGUGGUUUGUAGAAUUCCAGAUACCCUGAAAGACGAUGCUGUGCGGGAAAGCGACCAGGUUGUUGUGGACAUAGAUCAUGCGAAACGUGAACAUGAAAAAUAUAUUUUGACGCUAAGAAAAUUAAAAAUAAAUUUGUUAGAACUAGAAGCAGACGAAGAAUAUCCAGAUUGCUGUUUUGUAGAGGAUAUUGCAGUAAUACACGAUGGAGUUGCGUUGAUCUGCAAACCUAAAUCACCAAGCCGUAGGGGUGAGGUUGAAGUUAUCAAACGAGUUUUGUCACAUGAUCUGGGUCAACACCUUGUCAACAUAAAAGACGAGAAUGCUUUGAUUGAGGGCGGUAAUGUGCUAUUUACAGGUAAGGAAUUCUUUGUAGGUAUAUCUCCAAGAACAAACCAAGCAGGAGCGUUAGCAUUAGCAAAGGCAUUCCCAGACUAUAAUGUUGCAACAAUACAAAUAUCAGGGUGUAUUCAUCUUAAGUCACUGAUGAGUAUGGCUGGACCAGGUAUCAUUGCAAUUGGUCAGAGUGAAGAGGCAAAGAAGGCUCUGAAGCAAAUUGUUCACAAAGCUAAUCAUGAUUAUGAAACUGUGACAUUACCGGAUGAUGAAGCAGCCAACUGUUUGUACGUAAACAGAACUCUAAUUCACUGUACUGAAGAUGAAUUUCCUGAAAGUUACAAGAUAUUUGAAGAUCGUUUUGCAGAUCGUGUGCGGAUAGCUUUGCCGAAUCGAGAGCUAGCUAAAGUGCAAGGAUCAUUAACUGGCCGCUCCCUUCUAGUUGGCAAGAAACGCAAAAAUCCCAAUAUGGACGAUUACAGGAACAACAAAUUAAAAUAACUUUUUUAUUGAUGUUAAUUCAUCAAUAUUAGAUAUAGGUCCAUGCUUCAAUAAUAUUGGGCUUUUUGAUUUUUAUCUUGUUUGUGUGUGUGUCAAUAUGAUUAUGAUGAACAGAAACACAUUGAGGAAAUGUUUAUCCUCAUGGCUACCACUGUUUCAGUUACCAUCAUCAUAGGAACUUCCAAAAGUAAUUAUAUGGUAUUUGUUUAACUAUAGGUAUUCCUUCUCUUUCCAUUCAAUGUUUAGUACAUAUAUUGUUCAAUUUUAGUUUUUGUGAAUUUUAAUUAAAAGAAAACAUUUAAUAAAAUUAACAAUUUUGAAGAAAAAAAAAACUUAAGUUUAAUCCUCACUUGGAAGCAUUUAAUUCAUUUGCUUGUUUUCUCAAGUUUAAUAUUGAUGUAGUCCUAUUGUGCUAUAAAGAUUAAUUUUAAAAAGAACAUAAUAGCAAUGUUCAUGAUUAUACCUUGCCCGGUGUAAUGAUUAUUGGUUCUGUGUAUGGCUGUGGAAGCAGAACUGCAACGGUUGAGCCAAACCGCUCCUACACAAUGAUCAAGGAUAGGGUACCAUGUGUGGCUUAUGUCUGGCAAUGUUCUGUGAUGGUACAACGUCUAGUCUAACAGGCGACUAUUAAUUUAGUGAGUCCAGAUGCCGAAAAGGCAAUGGUGAGCACCAGCAUAGAAUAUAUCUUAUUCAUUAUAAAAACAAAAUUAGUUAUUGAUAGUGUACAUAUAUGUAAAAUUAUCAACUACAUUAUAAUUAUUAUUACCAGUAUUAGCCUAUAGGUAUAUUUGUUGUUAUUCUUAAUAUAAGUCAAUAGUUUUACAUCAUUCAAUAUGAUUUAGUAUCUAUUUUUUAGUACCCAGCUUUAAUUUUUUUAAAAUUUUGUUCUGGCUGGUUUUAUGACCAACUCUUUAUCAGCCUCAGUUUAGUUUCAUUUUAUAUUCCAUAGUAUUAUGAUUAUAAACAAAAUACAAAAAUAUGGAAGGAUGACCAAAAAAGAGCAAAGCUAGUACAAGGUUUUGGCCACCUAAAUUAAAUAAAAUAAUUUAAACAAUUUUAAAACAUUUUCUAAAGUACAGGAUGAGACAUAAGAAUAACAGAAAACAUGUUGGCAAUAGUAUAAUGAUAUUAUGAUAUAAAAACAAAUGCAAGUAUAUACUGUAGGCCUAGGUUAUUCGCAUCAGAGUUCUUAUUGGUAUGUUAAAAGUAAUUUAUUUUUCUAUGGCAUUAUGAAUAUUUUGACAGAUGAAGAAUUACUAAUAGAAUCAUUAAUACCAUUCCAUAAAGUCUGACCUUGCCCCCUCCUCCCCGAUAUUUUGACAGAUGAAGAAUUACUAAUAGAAUCAUCAAUACCAUUCCAUAAAGUCUGAUCUCCCCCUCCCCUCCCCGAUAGUAUUUCUAGCCAUGUCGGUAAUCGAGUUGUAUGGACGAAACAUAUCAUAGGAUCUGAUGCCAUAAUUAUGGAAUGCAUUCACUUUAACAAAAUAAUGUGAGAAAUUAACUGGUAAUAAGUUAUUUAUAAAUUUAUACAUAAUAAAGAUAGUUUUUGAUAACUUGUAAUAAUAAUAUGAAUGUCAUACACAUUGAAGUUAAGACUAGCAAAUAAUGGUGGUGAAUGCUCUUGGAAUUGUGAAUUUGUACAUAGAUGCAAUAUGCGCUUGUCCUUAAGGAAUACUCUUUCAAGAUCAGCCCAAAUCAAAUAAAAUUAGUUUAUAAAAACUCAGGGGGUGCACCUGUAAGGGCUGUACCUGUAAAGCAAAAGUGCUAUAAUUGCAUAAUGCUGUUUAAUGUUGAAUUUUAAUUAAAAUGCAUUUUGUAUGAUGACAUAUUCCUUGGACCUUUUAAAAAAUAUUUAAUAAUUUUUAAAAUAUUGUACAGUCAUUGGCAAUUUAAAUACCUUAUUAAUGUAAGUACAGAGGAAUUUUGUUGAUGUAGGCCCUAUUCACAAAAAGGGUGGCACUACAAUUCAGCUUCCAUGAGUCUCUGGGACCAACAAGCUUUACGUCACAACUGAGUUAGAACAGUGAAUCUUGUUCAAAGUUUUGAUAUUCCAACAACCAUAAAAGAAUGAUAUGGAGAAAAACAUUUUUUAGUUUGUUGUUGUUAUUAAACCUUCUGAUUAUCUAUCAUUUUAUUUGUUUUAUUCAUUUCAGCAGUAGACAUGCAACACAAGUUCUGCUAAUAAUGAUAAUGAUAGUAAUGAUAAUUCAUGUUGUUUUUAACCAUGAUUUAUGUUAAGUUAUUGAGCUUUCUUAACAUAUUUGAUUUUAUUUUGCUGCGCAUGGUGAUACCCAUCGGCACAGACUUCCAUGAGACGAUUGACGAUAUCCGGCAGACUCCCACAACCUCUCGGGAGGCUUGGGUCCCUUUCAAGUAAAGUGCUCCACCAAACUUUUUCGCUGACCACCGCUAGACCUGGUUCAUGCUGCCCUACAGGUAUUACAAGUUAAAAUGCUGAAAAAUAAUGCAGCAGUGUUAGUUCCCUUUCUUUGUGUUCCCUUUUUUUUUUAUUUAUAUUUAUCUGUAGGUCCCAUUUUUCAUGAGCAUGUAAAUUAAUUGCUUUAAUCUUUUAUGUAAGUCUUGCACUACAAAUAUACAAAGUUAAUUAUUUUUUGUUUUGUCUGAGGUUCUACUAGUGAAUAUAGUCUAGAAAUAUCACAUAUUAUCAAUAAUAAUUUGGGAGAAUACUUGUGUUAUUUUUCUCACCAAAAUGAUGUAACUCCUAAAAAUUGCUUAUAUAUAAAAGUUGCUUAUCACUAAGAAAUAUUUUUAUAUGCAGUUACUUAGACAUUUGGAGAAAAACUUUUCUUAAGGUUAUCUUUUAAAAAUGUUGAAAAUUUGUGUAAGACUGUGAUAAUUG